GUCUGGUUUUUACCAGGCGAGGAUUUUCCUGCUCUGUGUGCUUUAAUCGUUUUUAUUGCUGCAUGGGUGAAUGUCUGACAACAGUGAGUGGGCGGAGCUGGUAUCAUCACCCAGCGCACCUGUGGCGUAUCAUCUGGAUUGUUCUGAAAUAUAGUUAAGAGUGUUGAAUCAUGAUUCUUUGUUGGUCUGCUGAAAGUAGCAGCAAAAGCUUCAACCAAUGUAAUGUGUAAUGAUAUGGUUUGUUGUUCAGGAAAGACUUGACGUUUUUCUGUAUGUUACUGAUUUGGAACUAAACCCUGUGAAAAUAAAAAAAAUAAUACUAAUCACGAUAGAACCUCUUCAAAAUCUUGACUAGCCAGUAGCUCGUCAAUUUGAACAGAAUUAAAACACUUGUCCUAACUGAUUAUUAUUUGGGAACUAUCUAGAACAGGUAAGAUAUUGAUUUUUUUUCAUAAAUUUUAUACAGAACCUUCAUAAUGACCAAAUCAGCCCAAACAUUUUUUUAUUAAUGCAACUACUAAUUAUUCUUCACACAGAAAUAAGCAGAUUAUUAAAUGAAAGAGGAAAAAUGAGCAGACAAAAGACAAAGUAGUUUUUGCUUGUGUUUAUUUAUUUAUUUAUUUAUUUAUUUAUUUAUUUAUUUAUUUAUUUAUUUAUUUAUUUAUUUUGUCUGUGUUUUUUUGUGUGUGUUUGUGUUGCCUCACUCCAUCUUCUUAUUCUUUCUCCUCCAGUCAAAGCUGAACCUCCUCCUUCUCCUCCUCUUUCUCCUCCUUCGUGUUUGCAGACGUUUCCUCAGGCUUUUAUUCGUCUCCUGAUUAUUUCUCUCUCCACUCUGUCACACCAUCCCCCCGGCCCUCCCAUCGCCUCUGAAAACAAAGUCUUUAAAGCUGCUUCACUCUGGACUUCAGCCUCACUUUCAAAAACAUUUCUCACACAAGUUAGUCACCUGCCAUCAGGCGCAGCUGAGGCCUGAAUGUAUUAAAUGAUGUGCUGUGUGUGUGUGCGUGCGUGCGUGCGUGCGUGCGUGUGUGUGUGUGUGUUUAUGAAAUGAGGGGGGCGUGACUAGAGGAAUAAAAUCCCCCCCCUCAGCCUGAAACAUUCAGUCUUUUUCUUCUAUGACACACAACAGGUGAGUCUGAUCUUUAAUCUCAUGUUUUCUCCAGAGAGCUGAGGAAGAGGAAGAAGAGGAGGAAGGCUUUUAAAAAUGUUAGCAAGUCAGAUAAUUUCAAUUAUAUAGCUAUUGUCAUCAAAACUGAAAAAAGAAUUAAAACCAAAGAACAUUUAAUGUUUUCUAUAGCCUACAUGUGCCUUUGUGUUCUAUGUCAUGCUGACCGUAGUUGCAAUUUGAUUUAUUUUUGGCUUUUUUUUUCCUCAUUGAAAAUUAAUACAGCAGUUCCUAAAACUCAUCAAAAUGUUUAUAAAUCUAUAGUGCGCUUUACAUUUUUUGUUUUUCUUCUUUGUGCUAAUUUKAGCUUUUUUCUACUCAUUCAGUUACAAUUCUGCUCCUUUCUGCUAUGUCCUGAUGCAUCUCAGUAAUCCAGGAGAUUAUUAGUGAUUUGUGUCCUCAGACCUUUUUCACGAUGCCUUCACUGACGGUUGGAUUUAGUGUUUUCUGCCUCUUUAUGCUUCAGGAGAAGCUGACAGCAAGUUCACUGACCGGUCCGGUCGGAUCCCAGCACCCGGUCCAGGUUCUGCUGGAGAAGUCUCAGACAGUCCGGGGCUGUGCUGCAAGAGAACAGGGGAAGAAGGAGACCCACGUCGUUGCACUGGAGAGAGCCACAAACAGCUCGAGGAGCAAGGUGACAGUUUUGCUGAAGUUUUCAUCCCUGUCUCCUCUCAGGACCGUCCACCUGGUGCUCAGCUCAAAGCACCAAGUCUCCUGGUUACUGGAGGCUGAGCAGCUGCCCUCAAACCUCCCAGUGUUCAUUCAGGUGUCGGCACACUCCAGCGUCCAGUCGCGUGCUUUACGACUACACGUCCGGACAGUUCGUUUGUUACCUUCACGCCCUCGUGCUCUGCACCGCUGGGCCCUCAGGCACCACAACAACCUGACCUCCCUGAUGCACACGAGGUGUGGCAACCGUGUCUACAUUCAGCUGGGAGAAGAUCCCACCCUGCCUGCUGUGUGUCAGCUGCAAUCUUCAUUCUCUUGUCCCAGUUUCAUGAUCGCAGACCUGCAGCCGCAAAAGGUGCGAGGAUGGAGCCGUCCCGCAGCAGGUGAUGGUGGUCCUGAAGUCCAUGUGAUCCAGCUCUGUUCAGCAGGCUCAGGGCGCUGUAGCUCUGGGCAGGUGGAGGUGAUCGUCUCUGUUGUGUCCCCGGUGGUCUCGGUAAAGGAGCAGAAGGUGGUGCUGAUUCUCAGCAGCUCAGUCCCUGUUAGCUGGAUUAUGAGGGCUCACGGUGUCCGUGGUCACAUCUCUGUUCACUCCUCCAGUGAUGUGUCUCCACCCUUUCCACCUGAGCCUGACCUAACCCUGUCCAGCACACUUGACCCAGACCUGUCUUCUGUUCCUGAUCUUCUCCUCUGGGCCCAAAAAAGCGGCUACAUCGAGGUGACCUCUUACACCGAGGCCAACCUGGCCAAUCGCUUGGUGAUCCUCCUGACUGGGGGCAAGACAGCCAUGAGCCACUCGGCCCACAUUUUUCACAGGAGAUCAGAGUUGUUAGACCCGGCACUGGAUGAAAGAAAAGGCAGAGAGAGUUUAACAGUGAACUGUGAGGGUGGACUGCUCAGAUUGACAGUGGACCAACAACUACUGCAGGAGGGUGUAAAGAGGAGGCCUAGGCUGCGUUCGCUGGGUUUGUCUGUACCAGUUGCUGCUGUGACCCUGCAGGAUCAGAAAUGCCAGGCCGUGUCUAAUGGGAGCCAUUUCCUGCUGGCGCUGCCCGUCAUGUUCUGUGGCACCGAGGCGGUGUUUGUAGAAGAGCCCAGAGGGGUGCUGUACAAAAACACGGUGUUUCUGUGGGGAAACAAGUCUCAGACAGUCAUGACACUUGAGGAGAAGAACUUCAAACAUCCUCUCAGCAUGCAGAUUAGCUGCUUUGCUCCCCGUUCGGCUGCUGCUGACGAUAACGUGGUCCUCCCUCUGAUCGGACGCUUCACACGGGGGGUGAAACUGGGUCCAGAGUCCAUCCCGGGGCUCGCCCCGCUACCAUUCCCCAGGCACAGAUCGGAGCCUGUUGUUGAUUUGAAGCUUUUUGUCACAGAGAGCUACGAGCAGACGUGGAUCGGGCCCUGCGUCGUCACUGCUGGCCACCGGGUUUUUGUGGAGGUUUCAGCCAAAGCAUCCUUUGUAGAUGCUGUGCAGGUGAAGUCAUGUUUCGUCUCUCCUCUGUCCGACCCUAAAAAAGCUCCUUUCUGGACCGUGAUAAGCAACGGCUGUUCCUCCGACCCCUCGCUGUUCUUCGGUGCAAAAACAAAGGAGGAGAAGGUUGAGGACAGUAAAAGCAAAGAGGAAAUAGCUGCAACAGGUGGUUGGGAGAAGGGCAGAGAUGCUCACACAGAAAUAAAAGGCACAAGGAUGGACAACAAUACGCAAAGGGUUUCAGGAAAGGAGACACGGUUCCUAAGAUUCAGUUUCAUCCUUCGCCCGGUUUUUAACAACCCUGUACAGUUCCUCCACCUAARUGUCCUGCUGUGUGUCUCCAACUCAACAAGAGGGCAGCUCAUGAAGGAAGCAGAGAAAAAUGACUGCCAGACCAAAAUACGUAUCCCUGCACUUGUAACCAGACCAGUGAGGCAACAGUGCGAGAUCAGAAACCUCUCCAGACCCAUGGUGGUCACCCAACCAAUCAGUUCACUGGCCCCCAAAGUGCUGCCCCCUGUUCAACAAAGAACCAACAGAGCCAAGGUGUCUCCAGAGGCUGGUCCAGACCCAGAGAACAGCAGUCUUGGUGUGCAGACUGGGCCUCUGAUGGGAAUCGUCUUUGUAGCGUUUGUGAUUGGAGUCAGUCUGAUGGGGGCACUGUGGUGCAUCUAUAAUUUUACAGAAAGAAGACCAGGGAGUUCUUUAACAGACCAGACAAAUGGAGGCCACAACAUAAAAAAUCAAGCUUCUCUGUUGGAUCAAUUCUCCAGUUCAGUUUAGAUGUAAGACCUGAUGACCUGAAGACCUGAAGACCUUACCUCUAUGACCUGAAGACCGGGGAUUUCCUCCUGCAAAUCUGAGGGGAGAAGUGGGACGCAGGCUUGAACAGCUUGUAUAUGUGUGUGUGUGUAUGUGUGCACUUCUCCUGAACGCUGUUUUCCYGUGCAGCAGAGACACCAGCGGCCUGUAAACAUUUGAACACAGUAAGAUCUUAAUCAGUAUCUGUAAAAAAAAAAAAAUGUUUGAAAGUGAAACUGUGAGCCAAACCAUCAGAACAGUCACAUGAAGAGAACCAUAUCUGGGUUCAAUGAGAUAUAAGCAUGUUUGAGUGACUCAUACAGAAAGGACACUAUGGCCUUUGUGUUGGUGUGUGUAGUAAACAUGGUGCAUCAAAUGUGCCAAGAUAAGCAUUGUAAUGUUGUUUUUCUCUCUCAUUGUAUGUAAAAAAAGGAAACUGUUUAUGAAAUAUGUUUUACUAAACUGAAUAUUCUGGAUGUUAUGUUUGCUUAAUGCAGUAAUAAAGUGCUUUUAGCCUCUGUAGGGCAGAUGA